GUGUGUAAAAAUGGAAGCUGCAGCAGCGGGCGCCCGGCAAGUCACUGCCGUCCAGCGAUGUUCAGCGACGCCCAGAGCAUCCAGCCCGCUCGCCAAGCACGCCAAGGCCAAACAACGCACCCACAGACGAGUCUUGGUCGGGCUUGGAUGGCGAUCGCGAGCGGGUUCCGGGCUCUUUUGCGGGCAAUCCAAUUCCUUCCCUUGGCAUGCUGGAUUUCCCCCUUUCCCUUUCUUUUCUCUUUUUACUUUUGUCAUUGCGAUUCCCCAUCCAUCCCCUCCUUCAAAUUGUUUGUUUUUCCUUGUGAAAUGUUGACGGUACUACCAUUGGAAGGAGAAGAACAACCCAGUUCGCGAUCGCACCGCUUGACUCGGUGAACAAGAGAAGGGGGAAAAGGGACACAGUCAGCACAGACAGAGAACAAAAAGGAGAAUGCGCCUAUCAUCUCUGCAACGCAUGGCCACCGGCUUAUCAGCAGCACCAGCACGAGCACCAGCACAACCAGCGCGGGGUCACUGUCAGAAUGUCACCGCCGCCGCCGUCGGAAGAGGUUCUUCUCUGGCUACAGUGGCCGCGAAACUUGUAUUGCUAUGUGCGGUCGGCACAGGACUUGUUGUCGGUGUCAAUGGCCAGACCUUGACCACGGCGACAAGCGCAGCAUCGGCCGCAGUAGCAACCGCAGCUCCGUUGGAUAUCGCGACUCCGACUAGUACCACUACCGCCGAUCACCACAAGCAUGGGUCCUCCUCCGACUCCGCUCCCACCUCUAUCGCUAUAUCCGGGUCCGAUGUCAUCACAUCCGUGGCCAAGCCGGCUGCCGAGCCCACAACCGUCUCUAUCUGGGUUCCCGGGUAUGGGGUACAGGAUUGGAGUAAUUUGAGGGGCAGCAUCAUCAGCAGUGACGAAUCCAUGACCGCCUACACCAUCUUUUGCGCCCAAGGACAGCCAAAUUGCGCCCUGUCCGCUGAUGCACCCUUUGUGUUUACAGAAGGCCCCAAGUCCUUCAAGUACACAGGCGUAGCGGAGCCAACCUUCACACAAGAAAUGCACUGCAACUUCAAUGGCACCGCCGCCGCCAUCUGCGCCGGCACCUCCUCAGUUGGCUCGCACUACGUUGUGGGCACCGUCACAGGUCCCGCGGCGACGACAUGGACAGAGACUUACAGCAGCCCCAACAUCACCUGGGUCGCCUUGACGCUUGCAACGCCCGGCCCCAUGGUUGGCACCACGGACAUUGACGGUACGGCGGUGGCGUCUGCGACAGGCGGAGAUCCUGAUAGCGUUUUGGGAAGCGAGGGACUAUUCGGCCCCACGGGUGCCCCCAAGAAUGGCGCUGCUGGGAGCUCGACGGCGGAGAGGAUAGGUGUUUUGGGGGUUGCUGUGGCGGGUGUGGUUGGAGGGGUGUUGAUGCUUUAAAAUGUCUGCAAAGGUCAAAAGCAUUGAGGGUCAGGUUUUCUUUUUCUGUCUUUGCACUUUUGGCAUUGGCGCUGGCGUUGGGAUGGGAAUUGAUUGGAGGAUAUACCGCUUUGUUUCAAGUUUCAGGACUUCCUGUUUGGGAUAUGACAUUUCAGGGUUGGCAUGGCAUGGAACAGGGGGAGAAG